AUGUUGACGCAGCUGGAUGAACUGAGCGCCCAAAGUUGGCGAGCUCAUGGGUACAAGGCGGGGCACAUCCGUAUGAUUCACGACUUCAAGACCGUGAUUGAAGCCGAAGGCUCGCCCCACACCUUCCUCGGUUACACGAUGACGUGGCGGCUGGUCUGCACCAUCUUGACGCCCUUGUUUGCCCCGACGCUGGCAGCUAUCCGACCUUUGCUGCAGGUUGCACAGCACAACGUGCACGAUGCUGUCUGGAGUAGUGAGGAGCUGAACCAGACAAGCCAGGAUGCUCACUAUUGGCUUGGCCGCCUGGCCAACGAGAGCCACUUGAACCAGCUGCUCUCAAUAUGA